AUGUCUGCUUCAGGAAAUCCCGGAACAGACGUCCACUCGAUUACAGAGCUCAGACAAUAUCUUCCGGACUCGGGAACCAAUUUCUUAUGGGGAAUCACCGGCGUCUUCCUGCUUGUAUUUCUCAUCGUUCUGAUAUUCUGUUUCACCGCUCCCGAAAGUGAUCGAGUAUUCCACUAUCUCUAUGUUAUUUGCCUCCUGGUUGGAGCCGUCACAUACUUUGCUCAGGCUUCCAACUACGGAUGGGUGAUAGUCGGCUCUUUUGACGAGACAUCGAGCCAAUACAGUCAAUCGCAACUCUUUUUCUGGGCGAAAUACGUCUAUUGGACUGUUGCGUGGCCGUCUGUCUCGCUGAGCCUGGGCCUCCUGUCUGGUUUGUCCUGGGUAACUAUGCUCACCAACUUGGCCAUCUCGUGGAUCUGGGUUAUCUGCUACCUGGCUGGAGCUUUUGUUGAAGACAACUACAAAUGGGGCUUUUUCGGUUUCGGUACUUUUUCAUGGCUUAUUUUGACGAUGAGUACCCUCAAUGAAGGACGCGAGGCAGCCCAGCGGGGAGGCAUUCAACGUGACUACUUGCUACUGGCUUCCUGGUCAAGCUUGAUAUGGGUGUGCUAUCCGGUAGCAUACGCUCUAUCUGACGCCAGCAGUACCAUGGACACUAUGGGCGGUGUCAUCUUCUUUGGAAUCCUUGAUGUCCUGAUGGUUCCUGUCAUGUCUCUAGCUUUUCUCACACUAGGCAGAGGAUGGAAUUUCCAGAAGUUGCACUUGGCAGUCAGCGCAGAGCGGUACAACCAGGAGCGGAAUCAGCUGAAUGAUGACUCAAAGACAUCUGGAGUUGGCGGGUUACAGAGCUCAACAACUUGA